AUGCUCAAAGCGACGACGUUCCUAUCCCUGGUGAUUUUCGCGGCGGUGAAGAGUGUCUAUGGCCAUGGAUAUGUGCAGGAAAUUGUCUCUGGAUCGACCAUGUAUACGGGUUACUUACCUUACCAAGAUCCCUACAUGGACCCUGCGCCGCGCCGCAUAGUCCGGAAGAUUCCUAGCAACGGUCCCGUCAGUGAUCCCUCCUUAAUCGACAUCCAGUGCAAUGGCUGGACCGAGGGUGGAGUCAUUGGCUCUGCGCCUGCCCCGCUAUAUGCGACUUUUUCCGCUGGCUCUCGAGUAUCUCUAAAUUGGACAACUUGGCCCGAAAGUCAUGUGGGCCCUGUAAUCACGUACAUGGCUCGAGCUCCAAGUGAUGUUACCAAAUGGAAUCCUGGUUCAGACCCUGUUUGGUUCAAGGUGGACGAAAGCGGAAAAACUGCCGACAGGAAGUGGGCCGCGACAGACCUUCUUACGUCUUCAAACAGCGUAUACACGCUCAGGAUUCCUCCUAAGCUCAAGCCUGGCCAGUACAUAAUCCGGCAUGAGAUCAUCGCUCUUCAUGGUGCUUUCGAGUACCCUGGUGCACAAAUUUAUCCGAGCUGCAUUCAGGUCGAGGUCAUUGGCACCGGCACAGCGUUCCCGACUGCUUUUGUUUCGUUCCCCGGGGCAUAUACGAAGAACACCCCUGGAAUUUUAUUUGAUGUCUACACAGACCAAUCUUUACCCUAUCCCAUCCCCGGACCACCAGUGUAA